UAGACAUCCGGAGCAGAUGAUCAGCUUUUAUGAUCUCACACAACUUGCUGGACUGAUCAGAUAGCGGCUCUGAGAUCCGCGCCGGACCUGACCAGGAUCCGGACCCGGAGUGUCUGUGGGAACUCAACUUUUUAAAGCUGCUUCCUUGGAACAUUUGGGGAUUUUUCUGCAGACUGACUGAGAUGGGCUUUGAGUCUGAGUCGAGAGAGGAGCGGUUGCUGCUUUAGUUUGAGUCUGGACCCGAACCCCAGCAGAAACCCGCCUCAGUCCUUCAGGGUCCUCCAGAGAAGUGGUAAUGUUAGCGGUGGGUCAGAUGGACGGGUCCCGACAGAGCGCCUUUCUUCUCAGCACUCCACCUCUGGCAGCUCUGCACAGCAUGACCGAGAUGAAGACCCCGCUGUACCCGGCCUACCCGCUCUCCUCCACCUGCCCCAACUCCUCCACGUCCCCAGCAACCACUUCUCCCAACCCAGGCGGCAUGGCCGUGUCCUCCCCGGGGAUCAAGAGCUCCACGGGGCUGUCCUCGGGGCUCGGCUCCCCUCAGCAGUGCUCCUCUGCUACUCCUCACGGAAUUAAUGACAUCCUGAGCCGGCCCUUGGUCUCCGCCUCCGGCACCACAGUAGCUGUGGCCGCAGCCGCCGCCUCUUCCACGGCGGGGAUUCUGUCAGGACUGCCCCGGUUCAGCAAUCUCAGCCCACCGCCGCCUCACGGACUUUACUUCAGCCCCAGCGCCGCGGCGGUGGCCGUGGCCCGGUACCCGAAGCCGCUGGCGGACCUGCCGGGCAGGACGCCGAUCUUCUGGCCGGGAGUGAUGCAGAGUCCGCACUGGAGGGACGCCAGAUUUGCGUGUUCACCCCAUCAGAACUCCGUGUUACUGGACAAAGAUGGGAAAAGAAAGCACACACGACCCACGUUUUCUGGACAGCAGAUUUUUGCUCUGGAAAAGACUUUUGAACAAACAAAAUAUCUGGCGGGACCGGAGAGAGCGCGGCUGGCCUAUUCCCUGGGCAUGACGGAGAGCCAAGUCAAGGUGUGGUUUCAGAAUAGACGGACUAAGUGGAGGAAGAAGCACGCGGCGGAGAUGGCCACCGCCAAGAAGAAGCAGGACUCGGAGACAGAGCGGCUGAAGGGGACCUCGGAAAACGAGGACGAAGACGACGACUACAACAAACCUCUGGACCCGAACUCGGACGAUGAGAAGAUCACACAGCUGCUGAAGAAACACAAACCGGGCUCCGCGAUGCUCGUGCACACGUCGGAGAACGACAGCUCUUAACUCCGUGGCUUUUAGUUUUUACUUCUUUAUUUUUUUCCUGCGGAGGAAUCUGAUGACACGAACUUUGGGAGUCGUUAAUGAAACUUCACUUGAGGGUCUUUUUUCUUUUGCACGACGGUGGAGGACUCACUCACAGAGAAGACCGGACUUACCUGUAAAUAGAAGCGUGAGUUGUAUGAAUAGAAAUUAUCCAGCUGUGAAUAAUUUAUGUGUAGUUUCUUUUUGUACAGAAGCGCUGCUCGCAGAUCAGCCGCAAAGACAAUUUAUUUGUAUUUAACGACAGAGGCAUUUCUUUAAGAAUGUGGGCAACCCCUCUGCGGGUCCCUGAACGCCUCCUGGUUCAUCACAUUAAGGAGGGAGGGGGAUUGUGAACGCAGCAGCACCGUAAACCGGCAGAGAUCCGCUCACACACUCUUUUAUUUAUCUGUGUGAAGUUGUGGGAGA